ACCAUUUAUUCCUCGUUCCUUAGUAGUAUUCGCCGAUCCGUUGCAUUCCUUGUAUCCUUCCUUGUUCGCUCGCGGAUUCCGUUCUGUUUUUUCCUCUUUUUCUCUAGGCGCGACUACGCCCGACUAGGAGCGACGCCAUGGGCCAGUGUCGUGGAUCCCCGUGGUGACGACAUCCAGUUCGCGUUCUCUUCGUAUAGCGUCGUAUAACGUCGCAUAGCGUCGCGUGGUUUCGCAGUGCGUCGCGCUCGUCGCCAUGCCGAGCUUCCUGUCGUCGUCGCAGCUUCAGUCGCACCGCUCGGCGUCGUCGCUACCCACCACCGGUAUCCUCCGAUCCGCGGGAUGGGACGACAGCGGCGACAAGCUCGAGGAGGCGAAGCGACGCCUGCUGAAGAAGCUCCGGGGCCAGGAGUACCUUCUGGCUAGGGUGACCGCCGGUCGUCUCUCUCUCCCCGAUGGCGGAGCGAAGCUAUCAGCGCAGGUCAGCACGCUGCAGUCGCAGCUGGCCCACGUGGACACCCUCCUAGCGGCGCUCAGGCGGCAGCAGGCGGACGGGGACGAGGAGGAGGAGGCGGACAGUGCAAGUGCAAGCGUGGCCGUCAGGGGUUCAGGGGGCGGCCAGGGGUGCGCGGGUCGUGGUGAAACCGCUGAUGGCCGUGCCGGUCGUGGUGGUGGCCGUGCCGGUCGUGGUGGUGGCCGUGCCGGUCGUGGUGGUGGCCGUGCCGGUCGUGGUGGUGGCCGUGCCGGUCGUGGUGGUGGCCGUGCCGGUCGUGGUGGUGGCCGUGCCGGUCGUGGUGGUGGCCGUGCCGGUCGUGGUCCUCGGGCCGGUGCUGCUGGUGAUGGUGAUGGUGAUGGUGAUGGUGGUGACCGUGGCGGUGUGAGGGGCACUGCCGCUGCUGCUGCGGCUGGUGAUGGUGGUGGAGAGGCGGCGAUGGGAAGGGUGGUGGAGGAUGGUGCAGAUUCGACGAGUCGUGUGGCGAGGCAAGGGGAUGGGAAGAUGGAUAGGGAAGGUGGAAUGGCAGGGGACGGUGGGAUGGCAGGUGAAGGCCGGAUGGUACAAGUGGUGGAAGGGGUGGGGGAUAGCGCAGGACUGCUUUUAACUGCUGCUGUUGCACCAACUGUUACAGUUGCACCCCUUACUGGCGCUGCACCUGCUGUUACCGAGACCACUGCUGCCGCAUCAGCAGGAGCCGAGUCACAAGGAGCGAAGCGGAGUACACAGCAAGGCGCACAGGCAGCCACACAGCUGGGCGAGGGCUGGACCGGGCAGCUGUACACAUACAGAGACACAGGGGCAGACAGCGACAGGGACAGGGACAGCACGGGGUCACUCAGCACCGGGCCAUCCGUCUCUGCAUCCCUGGGACCAUCUGCCUCUGUGCGCACGCGCACGUCGUCCUUCCAGCCGUCCUGCUCGUCGGCCGCCAUGCGCCGCCUCUGGUCGCUGCACCGUGCCGUGGAAACCACGAUUGACGACCCGGCGCUGGAUGCUGCAGGCGUGGGGAGGGGGUUUGCAGGCCCUAAUGGCUCAGCAGUGGCAGCAGCAGCAGCAGCCGCAGGGGGGGAAGCUGCAGGAGGAGGGUCGAUGCAGCUGAUUUCAGGACGAUCAGGUGAAAUCUCAGGAGGUGUAGGGAGUGCAGGGAGUGCAGGCACAAGGGCGUCUCUCCCUCCGGGUUCCAGCGCCCCUAGAUUGGGGUCAGAUGGCCGGCUGUACCGUCUGCGCAAUGGUAGGCUGGAGCGCGUUGGGGCAGAUAAAGAGAUCUCGCCGGAAGCUGUUCGGGCAGCCCGGGAGAAGGUCCGGAGGGACAUGAGGUGGGAGGCGGAGCGUGCAGCUGCUCGGCUGGGCAGGGUGCUGAAGAUAGAUGAUAGUGGUGGCAUUGACCCUUCUGAAAAUGGCAGUGCGGGUGAGAAGGAGUACAGCAUUGAAUCAGAUAAGGUGAUGGCACAAGAAAGAGGAGCAGGGAAUGAUAAGGCUUUGGUGCAAGGGGGCGUGAAGAAAGAAAGCAGAGAGGAGCAGGAGGCUGGGAGUGUUCCUCAGGAUGAGGAAGUAUGCGGAGGUGGGUAUGCUGGUGAAGAGAGCAGCAUGGGUGGGCGGCAUGGGAGUUGUGGAGGCGUGAGGGUGAUGGCUGCGGCGGCACGGUCUGCUCAGCUUGAGGCGCCUCAAGAGGUGGCGGUGGCUACUGCUGCGCGAUGUGCUCGAGUGAUCUCGGUGCUGGAGGCAGCCCAGCUGCUGGCGGAGCAACGCACUCAACUCCGGGAAUACGAAGAGAAGAUUUUGGCAUCGUCACAAGGUGCAUGCGAUUCUAGAAAACCGCCAACGGCAAAGCCACCUCGUCACAAUGGAGCAAUGGUUCGAGAGGAUUCAGCAGAUGAGUUUGAGAACGACGAUGAUGCCUUGAGCUGUGACGAUGACGAUGAUAUUUGAUAACGAAGUCGAAACAUGCCUUUUUUAUUCUGCUGUACUGAGCUAGAGCGCGUGCAUGUGCAUGUGGACGGCCAGACGUCAGGGUGCUGCGGCGAUGCUAACAGCCCAUGCGGGUCAUUGCAGCUGGGGCUCUCAAUGCUCCCCCCAUCAGGCGGCUCCCUCCUGCUGUCGCCGGGCACCCACCGCCCUCCCUCUGCUGGCCUGCCUCUCGGUGGCCGAUCCAUCUCAAUCCUCGCUGCUCCUCCUCCUCCUUCCUCCACUUCCCCUUCUACUCCUCCUCCCACCAUCCCAACCAUUGACUGCACGGGGGAGCGUGUCUCACAGCCGUCUGCGUUCCAGCCACUGCCGUGCUGCCAUGUGGCACCGCGCAACUGGUCCUUGCAGGGAUAGCCAUGCAGAACGGCCGGAUAGGCGCGCCACGUGGCGGCUGCCUGUUGGUCGAGAACCAGGCCGUCCACGUCAGCAACAGCACCUUCUCUGGCUGCUCAGCAGUGAAUUACGGCGGCGCGAUUUCCGUCUCCAACGCGCCAGAUGUCACGCUUACAGGCGUCCAUGUCAGCACCUCAUCCGUCUCCUCGCUCUUAGGAGGCGGUGGGGGCGUGGCUCUAAGAAAUGUGACUGCAGCGAGUAUGGCUGAGUGCUGGUUCAAGGGGUGUGCAGCAAAGGCCAGCACUGGGGGAGGUGUCUUCUGUGAG